CAUGUUGGCGUACAGUGAUAAAACAUCGCAAAGUCUUGGAAGUGGUGAUUUACUAAAAAUGCACACACAGAACAGCUAUUUCGCGAGUUCGCAAGCGAGCGCACUGAGGAUGUUAUACCCACAGCUGGCGUACUCGGGGUACCCUGGGAAUCUGGCGGCACUAGCCCUGGCGACCCACGGGCAGUACCCUUACGACUAUGCCCAGACUCUGGCGACCCAGAUGAACUUCGCCAUGGAGGCUGGACUCACCUCCAGGAAGUCUCUGACUCUGUCGCCCAAUAGUUCCAUCUCGGACGGGAAAGAGGACCGAUAUAUGAGCAAAGAUUGUGACAGCGACGGCGAGAGCAGUGACGGACAGUCGGGCAAACGACGCCGGACACGCACCAACUUCACAGGAUGGCAAUUGGAAGAGCUCGAGCGUGCGUUCCAGGAAAGCCACUACCCGGAUGUGUUCAUGCGCGAGGCACUAGCCAUGCGCCUUGACCUCGUAGAGUCACGUGUUCAGGUGUGGUUCCAAAACAGACGCGCAAAGUUCAGGAAGCGUGACAACACAAAGAAAGGUCCCGGCCGCCCAGCACACAACGCACACCCGCAGACGUGCAGCGGGGAACCAAUGGACCCGGAAGAGAUCAAAAGGAGGGAGCAGGAACGAGUAGAAAAGAAACGCAGGAAACAAGAGGAGCGACUUAGAAAGAUGGAGGAGAAACGAAAGCUUCUCGACGCUAACGACACCGAGGGACACCGGAAGUUACAAGAGGAAUAUGAGCAAUCCAACGCUGCUGAUCAGCUCAAUGACCUGGACGAUUCUAAACUGGACAAAAGCUUUGACGACGAACCCGAGGUCGAUGUUGUUGAGCAGAAGAAAGGAUUCAGUGCGUUUAGCAUCGAUAGAUUAUUAGGAGAACCAAAAAUCUCCAAAAGCAUAUUACCGAAUUCCAAAUAUCCCCCAGGGCAAACUUAUUCUUCAGUCGGAGGUGUCGGUAUGUUUUCCCUGUAUCCGAUAACACAGCCGAUUGGGUUUGUCGUCGAACAGCGCCAAGAUGACGCGAAAUCUUCUGAAAACAUGGACCUCAGUUCCUCGUCUGAGGAGGGCGCGGAGGAGACCCACACGAACACUGACACAGUGCAAUAUAGAAAGGAGUCGGUCUCUAGUGAGCACCAAUAUUCCGAAUCCGAUGUUGACGAUGAUCACGAUAUUGAUGUUACUGAUGACGAGGUCGUUAACCAUUAAUAAAAAACAAACAUUUCAUAUACAAGUUUAAACAUGUUCUUUGAAAGCGUGGCAAUAUAUUGUGACUUUGUAGAUGCGAUUCGGAAAUGUUUUCAAAGUUUUACUUGUUGUUUAAUAUAUUGUGAUCAGCAUGUGCAUAUUUACGCUGUCGAAUGGUAUAUAAAAGAAUUUGUGAAUUCUAUGUGUGUGUUCUAUGCUUUUAGGCGUCAAAUAAGUCGCAGAAAAUACCUCAAAUCAGUGUUUGAUCAAACUACUUUUACUCUUGUUUUAUUGUUGUUAUUUCGUUAUCAACAUUCAAUUAUUAUUAUUGUACUUUUUAUUUGUUAGUGAGGCAUUUAUUGUUAUUAUGAAUACUAUACAAAACGAAUAAAAAUAAG